GUCUGGUGGCGGCUGCGGAGCCGCGAGCGCUCGGCGCUCCGCCUGCCGCUGAGGAGCGGGGCUGCGCGCCGGCCAACCGCCCCCUCCGCCGCCCGGUCUGCGCUUGAGGAGAGAGGCGGCGAGCAGGGAACCGCGGCGGCGGCCGCCAUGGGCAACGAGGCGAGCCUGGAAGGAGGCGAAGGGCUGGGCGCCUUCUCCGAAGGGGCGGCGGCAGCCGGGGAUGGCGGCGGCCCCGCGACCCCCGUGCAGCGCCUGGUCCCGGCCGGGGUGGAGGCGGACCUGAGCCAGCUGAGCGAGGAGGAGAGGAGGCAGAUCGCCGCUGUCAUGUCAAGGGCGCAGGGGCUGCCCGGAGGGAACCUCGCCGGCGUGGAGCCGCCUCCCUUGCCCAGGCAUCCUGAGCUUGAUACAAGCCACCAUCCCAGGCAACCAGGUAAGCCUCCAGAUCCGGGACCACCAACUUUAAGUAAAAGCCGAACAGUAGAUGUGCUGAAGACAGAACAACGGGCACCAGGACGGAGCCCUUCUUCUAUUAGUCUAAGGGAAUCAAAGUCCAGGACUGAUUUUAAAGAAGAUCAGAAGCCAAGUAUGAUGCCCAGUUUUCUCUCAGAAGCUAAUCCAUUGAGUGCAGUCACUUCAGUUGUGAACAAAUUCAAUCCUUUCGAUUUGAUAUCAGAUUCAGAUGCAGCACCUGAAGAAGCCAGUCGGAAACAAAAAGUUGCCCCCAAAGAGCAAGGGAAACCUGAGGAGCAGAAGGGGCUUGCAAAGCACCCAGUUCAACAACAGACUCCGAAGCCAGCUGCUCAACAACAAGGACCUGUCAGACCGACCAGCCAGCAAACUGAAUCUUCCAAACCGGUGCCUCAGCACCAGCAGCCUGGGGAACCAAAGCAAGUUCAGAAACCAGGCCCUGGUCACCUGGCAGACUCUAAGCUAGAACAAGCGAAACAACUGCCCCAGCCAAGAGGACCGCAAAAAUCUCAGCCCCAACAGUCAGAACCAACAAAGCCUGUUCAGCAACAAACUUCUGCAAAACCUUCAUCGGGCCCAACAAAACCAUCACCACAACAACCAGACAAUGCUAGAAUGCCAUCCCAAGCACCACCUCCCACAAAGCCAUCCUUGCAGCAACCAGGACCUGUAAAACAACCAUCUCAACAGUCGGCACGGCAAGGAGGUCCUGUAAAGCCAUCUUCCCAGCAAGCAGGGCCUCCAAAACAGCCUCCUCAGCAAUCUGGACCUGAAAAGCCAUCUGCUCAGCAAACAGGACCUGUAAAACAGCCCCUGCAGCUGGGACCUGGGAAGCCACCUCCGCAGCAAACAGGGCUUGUAAAACAAGGACCACCACAGGCAGGGCCUACAAAACCAUCUUCUCAGGCUGCAGGGACCACAAAGCCCCUGGCACAACAACCAGGACUUACAAAACCACCAGGCCAGCAACCAGGGCCUGAAAAACCCUCACAGCAAAAGCAAGCUGGUGCAACCCAACCCACUGAGUCCACCCCAAAGAAAACCUUCUGUCCUCUUUGCACGACCACCGAGCUGCUGCUGCACGCUCCAGAAAAGGCCAAUUAUAACACAUGCACACAGUGUCAUACUGUAGUCUGCAGCCUGUGUGGAUUCAAUCCUAAUCCUCAUAUAACAGAGAUUAAGGAAUGGCUCUGUUUAAACUGCCAGAUGCAAAGAGCAUUAGGUGGUGACUUAGCACCGGGUCAUGGUCCCGGGCCACAGCCUCUUCCACCCAAACAGAAGACACCCAUUCCACCUUCAACUGCUAAGCCAUCUCCCCAGCCACCACCAGUUCAAAAGAAAGAUGCUUCUCCAAAACCUGAUCCUUUGCAGCUAGCAGAAUCGAAAAAAACCCUGCCCCAGAAAAAGCUACCAUCCUUGCCUGGGUCUCCUCCUGUAAAAUCCAAACAACCCCGUGCUGAGCCUACUGACAUCUCCCAGAAAAUAGAUCUUACUCCAAAGUCUGAUCAGGCCAAGCCAACACAGGCUGAAGAUAAACAUAAACAACCCAGUAUACAGAAGCCUACAGCAGACACUGUGCCUACCUCUGCAGCACCAGGGCCGAAACAGGAUUUGGCAGGUCCCAGACCUCCACCUACUCAACAGAAAGUGGCGGAUUUCCCAAAGCCAGAGCUUGCCAAGCUGUCAGAGGACACUCAUCCAGCUGGGGACAAACCGGAUUCCAAACCCCUUCCACAGGUGUCUCUACAGAAGUCAGAUCCCAAACUUGCAUCUCAGCCUGGGGCUAGACCAGAUGCUAAAACUCAAACGCCUGUUGAGUCAACACAAACAAAAGAUGAUCCUAAGAAAUUACAAACAAAACCAGCCCCAAAGCCUGAUGCCAAACCAGCUCCCAAGGGCCCACAAGCAGGGACAGGUCCCAAGCCAGCUCCAGCACAACUGGCGCCUCAACCCCAGCCACCUCAGAAAACUCCUGAUCAAUCAAGGCGUUUCAGCCUUAACCUGGGAGGCAUCACUGAUGCCCCUAAGCCUCAGCCUACAACACCACAAGAAACAGUUACUGGGAAACUCUUUGGAUUUGGAGCUUCAAUCUUCAGCCAGGCCUCAAAUUUAAUUUCCACAGCAGGUCAGCCGGGGGCUCAGGCAUCAGCCCCCCCUGCGCCUGGUCCUGCAGCAAAGCAGCCCCAGCCUCCGUCACAGCCUCCAGCCUCUCAGGCAGCCCCCAAGGAGACUGAUCAGGUUCAACCUCUUCCAAAAGCUGUUCCUGUAAAGAAAGAAACCAAGCCUCUUGUGACUGAAAAAUCGGAUCUGUCAAAAGCGGAUAGUGUUUUAACAGCUAAAGGAUCUGAUUCAGAAAAGAAAUCUGGUUUGGCUAAAGAUAGCAAGCCUCAGGCUGCUGAAGCUAAGAAACCUGCUGGGCUAUUGGAACUGGAGAAAGCCAGCCAGCCUAAAGAGUCUUGUCCCAUUUGUAAAACCGGACUAAACAUUGGUUCUAAGGAUCCCCCCAACUUUAAUACGUGUACAGAAUGCAAGAAAGUUGUGUGCAAUCUCUGUGGAUUUAACCCAAUGCCGCACAUAGCUGAGGUACAGGAGUGGCUGUGCUUAAACUGCCAGACCCAAAGGGCAAUAUCAGGACAACUUGGGGAUAUGGGCAAGGUGCCGAUUCCGAAAACAGGUCCUUCACAGCCAGUAUCCAAACCACCUGCUACUCUUCAAAAACAGCCUAUGCCUGCUGUCUCACAUUCCCCUCAGAAGACUUCCACACCGCCUACUUCAGCAGCAGCAAAACCGAAAGAAGAACCAGGCGUUCAGAAGGAGGUUCCAAAACUUCAGCAGGGGACACUUGAAAAAACAUUGUUAGCUGAGAAAAUCCACCAAGGAAUUCAAAAAGAAGAUGCAAAACUUAAGCAGGGAAAACUUGUCAAGACACCCUCAGCUGAUAAAAUCCAACGUGUUUCUCAGAAGGAAGACCCAAGACUCCAGCAAACAAAACUGACAAAGACAGCCUCUUCUGAUAAAAUUUUGCACGGAGUUCAGGAGGAUGCAAAAUUUCAAGAGGCAAAACUGGCAAAAACAUCCUCAGCUGAUAAAAUUUUGCAUGGAGUUCAAAAGGAAGACAUAAAACUUGAAGAGGCAAAAUUGGCAAAGAUACCCUCAGCUGACAAAAUUUUACAUGAAAUUCAGAAAGAAGACCCAAAACUCCAACAAAUUAAAAUGGCAAAGGCACUAUCAGCUGACAAAAUUCAACCUGCAGCUCAGAAGGAGGAUGCACAACUUCAAGAGGUCAAAUUGUCAAAGACAGUUUCAGCUGAUAAAAUCCAACAUGGAAUUCAGAAAGAAGAUCCAAACCUUCAACAUGAGAAAAUUAUGAAAACUUCAUCCCUGGAGAAAAUCCAACAGGAAGCUCAAAAAGAAGAAUCAAAACUCCAGCAAGGGAAACUGUCAAAAACACUUUCAGCAGACAAAAUUCCUACAACGGUGAGUUCAGAGCAAAAGAAGCUCCUAAGCACUUUGGAAGAAGAUAAAAAACCUGUGCUCCUGGACCCAGAAAAGAGCAUACCACAUCCAGAGGACAAAAAAGAACAAAUUACAGCUGAAACUAAAGACCAUGUUGCUGAACAGAAAGCAGAAGUUGAAGCGCUUUAUAAGGGACUGCAAGCUAAGAAGCAAGAGGAUGUUAAGAAAGAGGGUUUGACAACGGGGAUUUCACAAAUGGUUUUGAAAGGUGAAAAAGCUCAAGAAGAAGAAAUUCCUGAUCAAACAGCACCUUUGCCAGGAACUGACCAUGUAGAAGCAGUGAAAGGAAAAAUAGAAAAGGAGGAUGAAAAAUCAGAUACAUCAAGCUCUCAGCAACAGAAAAGUCCACAAGGUCUGAGUGACACCGGGUAUUCUUCUGAUGGGAUAUCAAGUUCACUUGGUGAAAUUCCAAGUCAUAUCCCCAGUGAUGAAAAGGAUUUACUCAGAGAAUCUAAUAAAAAAGACACUAUUUCACAAGAAAGUCCACCAAGCCCCUCAGAUCUAGCUAAAUUGGAAAGUACUGUACUGUCUAUUUUGGAAGCUCAGGCAAGUACUCUUUCUGAUGAAAAAUCUGUGAAAAGCAAAGAGCUUUAUGAAAUCUAUGAUGAACAGACAAAGGAUCAACAUAAAACAAAGCCUUUGCCAGUCACUCCAGAAUCUUACAGUUCAGAUGAGGAAGACUUGGAAGCUGUUCACUGUGAAGGAACCAUUGUAGAAGAUGGAAAAGGAAGUUCUUCCUCCCAGGCAGACUACAAGGAAGAAGAUGAAGGAGAUGACAUAUCAGCAAGAAGACAACGCUAUGAUUCUGUAGAAGACAGCAGUGAGAGUGAAAACUCCCCUGUCCCAAGGAGAAAACGAAGAGCUAGUGUUGGUUCUUCAAGCAGUGAUGAAUACAAACGAGAUGACAGUCAGGGCUCAGGUGAUGAGGAAGAUUUCAUUAGAAAACAGAUUAUAGAGAUGAGUGCUGAUGAAGAUGCCUCAGGUUCUGAAGAUGAUGAAUUCAUUAGAAAUCAAUUCAAAGAAAUCAGUAUAACUGAGAGCCAAAAGAAAGAAGAAGUGAAAAGCAAAGCCAAAGGAACAGCUGGAAAACAUAGAAGAAUGGCACGGAAAAGUAGUGCAGGCUAUGAUGAGGAUGCAGGAAGAAGACAUUCAUGGCACGACGACGAUGAUGAGACUUUUGAUGAAAGCCCAGAGCCAAAAUACAGGGAAACUAAAAGUCAAGACAGUGAAGAACUUGCAGUAACUGGAGGAGGUGGCCUUCGGCGUUUCAAAACAAUAGAAUUAAAUAGUACAAUAAGAAAUAAAUACUCUGAAGCAUCUGAACAACAGAAAGGUAUUUUAUAUUUUGAUGAAGAGCCUGAGCUAGAGAUGGAGAGUCUUACAGAUUCACCAGAAGACAGAUCUAGAGGAGAAGGAUCUUCUAGUUUACAUGCAUCUAGUUUCACACCAGGUACAUCUCCUACUUCAGUGUCAUCACUUGAUGAAGAUAGUGACAGCAGUCCUAGUCACAAAAAACUGGGAGGGGAGAGCAAACAGCAGCGCAAAGCCAGGCAUCGGUCACAUGGUCCUCUUCUUCCAACUAUUGAAGAUUCUUCAGAAGAAGAAGAACUACGGGAAGAGGAAGAACUGCUAAAGGAACAAGAGAAACAGCGUGAAUUAGAACAGCAACAAAGGAAAAGUUCUAGCAAAAAAUCUAAAAAGGACAAGGAUGAACUAAGAGCUCAGAGAAGAAGGGAACGUCCAAAGACUCCACCAAGUAAUCUUUCUCCCAUUGAAGAUGCAUCUCCAACAGAGGAAUUACGACAGGCAGCAGAAAUGGAAGAGCUACACAGAUCUUCCUGUUCUGAAUAUUCACCUAGUAUUGAGUCAGAUCCUGAAGGAUUUGAAAUCAGCCCAGAAAAAAUAAUAGAAGUACAAAAAGUUUACAAAUUGCCUACUGCUGUCUCUCUGUACUCACCAACAGAUGAACAACCAAUUGGACUUCCAAAAGAAGAAAGUGGUCAAAAGACGUUGAAAAGUGCUGAAGAGGUAUAUGAGGAGAUGAUGCAUAAGAACCAUAAGUCCAAGUCAUUUCAAAUUGCAAAUGAAAAAGAUGAAGUAUUUGAAAAAGAAUCUUUAUAUGGUGGAAUGCUAAUAGAGGAUUAUAUUUAUGAAUCUUUAGUAGAGGAUACUUACAAUGGAACUAUUGAUACUAAUCUUGUAAUGAGACAAGAUGAGAGCAGUGAAUAUUUACAACAAAGGGGAAGAGAGAAAAAAAUAAGAGCUUCAGAACAGAUCUAUGAAGAGCCACAGAAAAUUACUGAUCUACAGAAAGACUACUAUAGUGUUGAGACUUUACAUUCUAUUGUACCUCAGGAAGAUAUUGUUUCUAGUUCUUACAUUAUCCCAGAAAGUCAUGAAAUAGUUGUAUUAGACAGCACAGUAUCUUCCACCACUGAGGAAAAGCAGUUGUUAGAUGCAGAAGCUGCUUAUGAAGAACUUAUGAAAAGACAGAAAAUGCAGCUAACCCCUGGGUCCAGUCCAACACAACCAACUUCAGAUUUCAUUCCCACAUCUGAUACAAAGAUAUCUAGUGUUGGAGAAAUAGUGGAUAGUGCAUCUUUAACAUCAAGCACUACUUCAGCAAUCUCAGAUAUAUCACCUGUCAGUAGCACAGCACUUUCUAUUCCAGAUGUUAAAAUAACACAGCAUUUUACAGCAGAGGAAAUUGAAGAUGAAUACUUAACAGAUUAUGCCAGAGAAAUUCAAGAAAUAAUUUCUCAUGAAACAUCAAUGUUGACGUACUCUGAGACAUCGGAAGGUGUUGCAUCAGUUUUACCUUCUGAUACAGCUUCCCUAACAUCAUCUACAUCUUCGGUUUGUACCACAGAUAGUUCAUCACCUAUAGAUAGUGCAACCACGGGUUAUGUAGAUACAACAGAUGCUGUAAGUAAACUAGCAGAUUCUGAAGGUGUUAGGAUAAUAACACAAGUUCCCUUGGCAUCUACAAAAGAGUACUCUGAAGUGAGCAUGCCUUAUGAAUGUAUUGCCGGAGCCUCUAAAAAGCCAUCUAUAGCAUCAGUUACGGAAAAUGUGGAUCAAGCUGAAGUUUGUUUGCCUGAAACUGCACCUUCAGUAGUGGCAACUACAGUUAUAAAACCCAUGCAAUAUGCAACUGAUGCCAUUACCUUUGAUACCUCCAAAGCAGAAAAGGAAGCAGCUAGAAAAAUUAAAAUUACAGUAGAUGCUGGCAAAGAAUUGGGUGUUGAUAUGACAAGGAUUAAUUUGACUAGUGCUACAUCUGAGCAAACACCUGUAUGUAUAGCAUCAGUACCAGUUGCAGAGCCUGCAUCAGAAUCAACUUGUGUACCUACUCCCAGUGUUGUAAGUAAGACCAGCAUGGUCUCUGUGCCUUCCUCAGCUCCUGCUGUAACAUCCAAAGUAUUCUCUCUUUUUAGAAGCUCUUCUUUGGAUUCUCCUGCACAACCUUCUCCACCCCCACCUCCUCCUCCUCCACCACCUCCUCCACCACCAUUACCUCCACCUAUUUUACCCAAGCCAGCCAUUUAUCCCAAAAAGAAGUUGCAGAUUAAGACUCCAGCCCCAACAGCUCCCACAGUGGUACCUUCAGUCACAAGUGUUCCAACGCUAGAAUCCACAACUGUAUUAAAGAAUCAUGUGGUACCUGUCACAAAAACAUACACCCCAACACCACCUCCUGUACCACCUAAACCAUCCUCCAUUCCAGCAGGUCUUGUUUUCAGUCACAGGCCUGCUGAAGUAACUAAACCUCCAAUUGCUCCUAAACCAGCAGUUCCUCCACUCCCAAUAGCUGUUCAUAAACCAGCAGAAACACAGCCCAAACCAAUAGGUUUGUCAUUGACUUCAAGUAUGACUCUGAAUUUGGUCUCUGCAGCUGAAUACAAAAUAGCGUCUCCCACUUCCCCUUUGUCUCCACACUCUAACAAAUCUUCACCAAGGUUGACAAAACCCUCACAGGAAACCUAUGUUGUCAUCACAUUGCCAUCUGAGCCUGGAACUCCCACAGAAGCUAUAACUAGUCAGGCUGUUACCGGCUGGCCUUUAGAAACACCUUCUAAAGAACAUAUUCCCCAUCCUAUGCAACCAAUUUUUACUCCAUCUAUGAAAACUAUGGAAAUUCAAGGUAUGGCAGAUCAGAGUAUGUAUAUUUCAGGUGCUUUGCACGCUGUUCCUGUCACAACACAAUCAACUUUUGAAAAAAUACCUAGUUCAAAAUCAGAAGUAGUAACAACAGAGGUAGCUAAGACCACAGUGUCUGUGGUUAAGGGCCCAGUGCCUGGUUUUGAUUUAGGUAGUGUCGCUAUUACUAUACCUCCAGAGCCACUACAUAUAGUAGAUCAACCUAGGUAUAGAGAGAAUGGAAGAUUCCAUCCUUUGGGUGAUAUCAUAGAUCUUCGCACUUUAACUAAGAUGGAUAUUGAAAUGAGAGACAGCUGUAUGGAUCUGUCUGCUGUUUCCAUGGAUGUGAGAAGGCAAAUACCAGCAAGUGAUACAUGUGGGCGGCAAGUAAGUACUGUCCAGCCAGCUAUAAUAAAUCUUAGCACUGCAUGUGUUGCCGAUCCUUCUCUGUCUGUAGUCACUGAGACAGUAACUGUAAUGACCUGCACUGCCACUGUAAACUACACUGCCAGUACAGACAGCCUUGUGGAUCUGGGACAUGCAAUGACAACGCCACUUCAGCUAACAACAUCAAAACAUUUUGAGCCUGCAUACAGAGUAACAAGCAGCCAGGUGUUCUCUGCAGGUAGAGAUGAAGUGCCAAUAAAUUUAUCCCUAGGUACUUCAACACAUGCAGUGACAUGGGCCACAACAAAGCCUGUUACUGUACCACCUGUUGGUGUUACAAAUGGUUGGACUGAUCUCUCUGCUUCUCAGGAACCAGUGGAGAGUGGAGCAGUUGACCUUAGCACUACAAAAUCCCACAGAACAGUAGUAACAAUGGAUGAAACUACGUCAGGUACAAUAACAACAGUAAUAGAAGAUGAUGAAAAGCCUGUGGAUCUGACUGCAGGGAGAAGAGCUGUCUGCUGUGAUAUGGUUUAUAGAUUGCCAUUUGGUAGGAGCUGUACAGCACAACAGCCACCAACUACACUACCUGAAGAUCGCUUUGGUUACAGAGAUGACCAUUAUCAGUAUGAUCGUUCAGGGUCAUACGGCUACCGAGGAAUGGGAGGUAUGAAAUCGUCUAUGUCUGACACAAAUUUAUCGGAAGCUGGACUGUUUGCAUACAAAAGCAAGAAUAGCUUUGAUUAUCGAGUUGGGGCAACUGAUGCAGCAGUAGAUCUUACUUCUGGAAGAGUUACUACAGGUGAGGUUAUGGAUUACUCAAGCAAGACUACUGAUCCCUAUCCAGAGACUCGACAGGUGAUUUCUGGCAUCGGGCUCAGUACACCACAGUAUUCCCAAGCAAGAAUGGUAUCAUCUCUGGGUUCCCAGUUUGGCAUUGGAAGUGUUUUAAGAUCAUCCAAUGGUGUUGUUUAUUCUUCAGUAGCGACUCCAAUCCCAUCCACAUUUGCCAUCACUACACAACCCGGUUCUAUUUUCAGUACAACUGUCAGAGAUUUGCCUACUCUCCAAACAAUUGACUCGGUGCCCUCUUUAUCAACUUUGCAACAGAAUCAGCCGCUCCCAAGAUCAUACAGUUUCUUGACAACAGUGGCAGCUGAAAAAGAUAGUGCAAUUACUGCCAUUGAUAUGGAGACAGGGUUACCACCUCUUACUAUAGAAGCUAUUACCACGGAGCCAACCAACUUGAUACCUGCUUUAACUACAGCAUCUGAGGUUUAUACAGAUGUAAUUGAAGAUGAGGUUGCCCUUCUCAUUGCCCCUGAAGAAGGAAAACAGCAACAGCUAGAUUUGGAGCGUGAACUUCUUGAGCUUGAGAAAAUUAAGCAGCAGCGCUUUGCAGAAGAGCUGGAAUGGGAACGUCAGGAAAUUCAAAGAUUUAGGGAGCAAGAAAAGUUUAUGGUGCAAAAAAAGCUUGAGGAGUUGCAAUCCAUGAAACAUCAUCUCUUAUUUCAGCAAGAGGAGGAACGACAAGCUCAGUUUAUGAUGAGGCAAGAGACAUUAGCCCAGCAGCAGUUGCAGCUUGAACAAUUCCAACAACUUCAGCAACAGCUCCACCAACAGUUAGAGGAACAAAAAAUUCGUCAAAUAUAUCAGUAUGGUUAUGACCCUUCAGGAACUGGCUCACCACAAACUACCACAGAUCAAACACUUUUGGAAGGACAGUAUACAACCACAGAAAAUGGCCAGUUUUGGCCUACUGAUGAUGCAACCACAACAGCUUCAGGAGUGCUGGGUAUUGAAAUUCCACAAAACCAAACAUGGUACACAGUUCAGUCUGAUGGCAUUACCCAAUACAUACCAAGGUCUGGUAUUCUAAGCUCUGUUUCAGAAAUGUCUCUGAAGGAUAUUGAUGUUAGGGAGGAGAAGCAAUUGAAAAAGAGAAGUUCUAUGCCAAAAUUACGUGGUCCAUAUGAGGAGCUUGAGGAGACCCUGGAAGAAGAGCCCCGGUGCUUCAAAAAAAUAGUGGACAGUGGAGUGCAAACUGAUGAUGAAGACGGAGCAGACAGAGGUUAUGCAAACAGAAGACGGAGAUCUAAGAAGAGUGUUGAUACGAGUGUACAGACAGAUGAUGAGGAUCAAGAUGAAUGGGAUCUUUCCAGCAGAUCUAGAAGGAAGCCUCGUGUAGGGAAAUACAAUGAGAGUACCACGGAGGCAGACAAAGCUAAACAAUUCUCCAAAGUAUCUAGUAUUGCAGUUCAGACAGUGGCAGAGAUUUCAGUACAAACAGAACCUGUAGGAACAAUAAGAACACCUUCAAUCAGGGCCCGAUUGGAUGCUAAGGUUGAAAUCAUAAAGCACAUUUCAGCUCCAGAAAAGACUUAUAAAGGAGAAAGUUUGGGAUGUCAAACAGAGACAGAGUCAGAUACUCAGAGUCCCCAAUAUCUGUCAGCGUCAUCUCCUCAGAAAGAUAAAAAACGCCCAACACCAUUAGAAAUAGGAUAUUCAUCUCACCUUCGUCCAGACUCCACAUUGCAGGUAGUCCCUUCCCCUCCCAAAUCUCCCAAAGUUCUCUAUUCACCCCUUUCACCUGUUUCACCAAGCAAAGUUAUAGAGUCAGCAUUUGUACCCUAUGAAAAACCCAUCACUGAUGACAUCAGCCCUCAGAAGAUGCUGCAUGCUGACAUUGCCAAGGUUCCUCCAUCAAGCCCAAAGGCAGCAAAGAUGAUGCAACGCUCUAUGUCUGAUCCUAAGCCCCUGAGUCCCACAGCAGAAGACAGUUCCAGAGCUCAGUUUCAGUACACUGAGGGUUUCAUGGCAAAAGGUUCUUCAAGCAUAACUCCAUCAGGCACUCAAAAGAAGGUGAAGAGAACUCUGCCCAACCCACCUCCAGAGGAAGCAACAGCAGGACCUCAGUCGCCAUAUAAUUCUGUGGGGUCAGUUUCACGCAGAAGGAUUUGUAGGACUAACACUAUGGCCAGAGCAAAAAUUCUUCAGGAUAUAGACAGGGAAUUGGAUCUGGUCGAACGUGAAUCAGCCAAGCUUAGGAAGAAGCAAGCAGAGCUAGAUGAGGAGGAAAAAGAAAUAGAUGCCAAGCUGAGAUACUUGGAAAUGGGCAUUAAUAGGAGGAAAGAAGCCUUACUGAAAGAAAGAGAAAAGAGAGAGCGAGCCUAUCUCCAAGGAGUAGCAGAAGAACGUGAUUAUAUGUCAGACAGUGAAGUUAAUAAUACCAGGUCAACCAGAAUAGAAACUCAGCACGGCUUGGAAAGACCACGUACUGCACCCCAGACAGAAUUUAACCAGUUUAUGCCACCACAGACACAGCCAGAAACACAGUUUGCCCCUGCUACAAGCCCAUAUGCUCAGUAUCAGUAUUCAUCUCCUGCCCUGCCAACUCAAGCACCUACUCAGUUCACACAGCAAUCACAUUACCAACAACAGCAGCCUUUGUAUCACCAGCAGGUUUCACCCUAUCAGACCCAGGCAGCUUUCCAAACAGGAGCUACUAUGUCCUUUACUCCACAGGCUCAACCUCCAUCAUCUCAACAGCCAUCAUAUCAACUCCCAUCACAGAUGAUGGUAAUACAGCCAAAGCCAAGACAAACCACAUUAUAUUUGGAGCCUAAGAUAACAACAAACUAUGAUGUAAUUCGCAAUCAGCCUCUCAUGAUAGCACCAGUUUCAACUGACAAUAACUAUGCAGUUUCCCAGCUGGGGAGUAAAUACUCUACCUUGGAUUUAAGGAUAGGACUAGAUGAGAGAAACAGCAUAGCAAGCAGCCCUAUAUCAAGCAUAUCUGCAGAUUCAUUCUAUGCAGAUAUAGACCAUCACCAUACACCCCGAAAUUAUGUGCUGAUUGAUGAUAUAGGAGAACUUACUAAAGGAACAGGAGCACUUGGUUCCAGUUUUAGCCUCCACGAGAAAGAUCUGACCAAAACAGAUCGACUGCUUCGCACAAGCGAGGCCAGGAGAGUACAAGAAGUGUCAGACUUCCUAGCACCACUGCAGACUUCUUCUAGGUUACAUUCCUAUGUUAAAGCUGAUGAAGACCCAAUGGAGGACCCUUAUGAGCUCAAACUUCUGAAACACCAGAUAAAACAAGAGUUCCGUAGAGGUGCAGAAAGUCUUGAUCAUCUGGCUGGCCUGUCACAGUAUUACCAUGCGGAGGGCAGCUACAGGCAUUUUCCGAAAUCUGAGAAAUAUAGCAUAGGUAGGCUUACUCUUGAGAAGCAGGCUGCUAAGCAGCUCCCAGCAGCCCUCCUGUACCAGAAGCAGUCAAAACACAAGAAAGCUUUGAUAGACCCCAAACUAACAAAGUUUUCACCUAUUCAAGAAAGUAGAGACCUUGAGCCUGACUAUUCAAGCUAUAUGACUUCUAGCACUUCAACACUUGGGGGAAUUACUACUAGGGCAAGGCUUCUUCAAGAUGAUAUCACUUUUGGCCUUAGAAAAAACAUCACUGACCAACAGAAAUAUAUGGGGCCAGCACUGGCUUCAUCCAUUGGAGCAGGCCUUGGGACUGCACUAGGUCCAACAAUGAGAUCCACAUUACAAGAUGAAGCAGACAAGUCUUAUAGCAGUGGUAGUAGAUCUAGACCAUCAUCUAGACCCUCCUCAGUUUAUGGGCUUGAUUUGUCAUUGAAAAGGGAUUCUUCCAGUUCUUCUUUAAGACUGAAAGCACAAGAAACUGAACCCUUAGAUGUUUCCUUUAGCCAUGCAUCACCUUCUGGAAGAACUAAACCCACCAGUCUACCUAUUAGCCAAAGCAGGGGAAGGAUCCCAAUAGUAGCGCAGAACUCAGAGGAAGAAAGCCCACUAAGUCCCGUUGGCCAGCCAAUGGGAAUGGCAAGAGCAGCAGCUGGACCCUUGCCACCAAUAUCUGCAGAUACCAGGGACCAGUUUGGAUCGAGCCAUUCAUUACCUGAGGUCCAGCAACAUAUGAGGGAGGAGUCACGGACUCGAGGCUAUGAUCGAGAUAUAGCCUUCAUCAUGGAUGACUUCCAGCAUGCCAUGUCAGACAGUGAAGCCUAUCAUCUCCGCCGUGAAGAAACAGAUUGGUUUGACAAGCCCAGGGAGUCUCGUUUGGAGAAUGGACAUGCCCUUGACAGAAGACUGCCAGAGAAGUUGUCCCACUCUCGACCACCAAGUCAACACCAAGAUCAAGUAAGCUGUCAAAUAAAUGGGAAGCCCCUGCAGUACAUUUUCCCUCAUGCAAGGCUCAAACUACUGAGGGACCCAAAGGAUCACACAGUUUCAGGCAAUGGACUGGGAAUCCGAGUUGUAGGUGGGAAAGAAAUUCCAGGAAGCAGUGGGGAAACUGGAGCUUACAUUGCCAAAAUCUUGCCUGGGGGCAAUGCAGAGCAGACAGGGAAGCUGAUAGAAGAUCUUCCAGGAUCAACAAAACAUGCUGAAUGCUCCCCAGGGACCCCAGGAAUGCAGGUGCUGGAAUGGAAUGGAAUCCCCUUGACUGGGAAAACUUAUGAAGAAGUCCAGAGCAUUAUUAUUCAACAGAGUGGGGAAGCAGAAAUAUGUGUAAGACUGGACCUGAACAUGCUCUCAGACGCUGAGAAUCCCCAGCACCUGGAGCUGCAUGAGCCCGCAAAGGCAGUAGAUAAAGCGAAGUCCCCAGGGGUUGAUCCCAAGCAGCUGGCUGCAGAGCUCCAAAAGGUUUCUCUACAGCAGUCGCCUCUGGUUGCUUCCUCAGGAGUGGAAAAGGGAUCUCACAUUCACUCUGGAACCACUUCUGCCACCUCCAGCGCUGUUCCCAGCCCUGGUCAGCCUGGUUCUCCCUCAGUGAGCAAGAAGCGGCACAGCAGCAAGCCCACCGAAACUACAAAGUCUGCUUCCCAUCCAAUCACUGGAGAAAUUCAGCUUCAAAUCAACUAUGACAAACACCUUGGCAACCUUAUCAUCCACAUCCUUCAAGCAAGAAACCUUGUUCCCAGAGACAACAAUGGCUAUUCAGACCCCUUUGUUAAAGUUUAUCUUCUUCCAGGGAGAGGACAAGUCAUGGUUGUCCAAAAUGCAAGUGCUGAGUACAAGCGGAGAACUAAGUACAUACAGAAAAGCUUGAAUCCUGAGUGGAAUCAGACAGUCAUUUAUAAAAAUAUCUCCAUGGAGCAGCUGAAAAAGAAAACACUGGAAGUGACUGUCUGGGAUUAUGAUAGAUUCUCCUCAAAUGACUUCCUUGGUGAAGUAUUGAUUGAGUUAUCCAGUGUCUCUCAGCUUGACAACACUCCUCGGUGGUACCUUCUGAAAGAACAGAGUGAAAACAUUGAUCACGGGAAAUCUCAUUCUGGACAGAGCAGCCAGCAAUCUCCAAAACCAUCUGUCAUCAAGAGCAGAAGUCAUGGAAUCUUCCCGGACCCCUCCAAGGACAUGCAAGUGCCCACCAUUGAGAAAUCCCACAGCAGUCCAGGGAGCUCCAAAUCUUCCUCUGAAGGACAUCUACGCUCUCAUGGUCCAUCUCGCAGCCAAAGCAAAACCAGCGUCACUCAAACUCACCUUGAAGACGCUGGGGCAGCCAUCGCCGCUGCUGAAGCAGCUGUCCAACAGCUUCGCCUUCAACCAACAGCACAUAAAAGCGGUCAGUCUAAUCAUGCCAGGAAGCAGCACAGACACAGCAUAGCAGGAGUCCUCCCUAUUCAAAGAACUCAGUCUGACAAUCUGCCUCCACCAGCCAAUGACAACAAAGACCAAAGCCAACUAGCCCUCAGGAAAGUGAUGUCUGAUGGACCAGUCAAGCCUGAAGGAGCAAGGUCUACUAAUCACCGACCUGCAGAAAGUUCUGUCUCCACUGGCUCGUCAGCCAGUAGUUUUGGCAGUGGAUACAGCAUGGAUAGCGAAGGCAGCAGCAGUGCCACAGGAGAGAAUAAUCUAUUUCCCAUUACAAGAAUAGGGAAGAUGAGCCAGAAUGGACAAGAACCUGUAAAGCAGUCGGGAGUAGGAUUAACCGAUGCAGAAGGUAAAACACAGGUUAUGGGUGAAAUCAAGAUUGCAUUAAAGAAGGAAAUGAAGACAGAUGGAGAACAGCUGAUAGUAGAAAUCCUUCAGUGCAGAAAUAUCACAUACAAAUUUAAAUCUCCAGAUCAUCUACCAGACCUGUAUGUGAAGCUGUACGUUGUCAAUAUCUCUACACAAAAGAGAGUAAUUAAGAAGAAAACCAGGGUAUGCAGGCAUGACCGAGAGCCUUCGUUCAAUGAAACGUUUAGAUUUAGCUUGAGUCCUGCUGGGCAUUCUCUUCAGAUUCUGCUUGUCUCCAAUGGAGGGAAGUUUAUGAAAAAGACACUGAUUGGGGAAGCUUAUAUCUGGCUUGACAAAGUGGAUCUAAGGAAAAGAAUAGUAAACUGGCACAAACUGUUGGUCAGCUCCACACAAACACACUGAGCAGAGCUGUCUGCUUAGGGCACAAAACCUGCAGAGUCUGCUAUAAACAGCAUCACUCCAAGACUAUAGUUUGAUAUCAUUGUGUUUAGCUAGUCUUUCAGAAUACAAAGUAGAAAAGAGCAGUCUCUGGGCUACAUAGCACACUUAAAUGAGGGCUAGUACACUUGUUUUGCUGCAAAAGACAGCAAAGUAAAAGAAAACGUGGGCCCAGAAGUUAAAGUGAGGCUGUUUGAAAUGAAGACUGAUAUGAGGGCUCCGUGUUGUUGAACUCUUUGUGAAGAGAGUAACUGUGAAGGAAAUAAUGAAGGCUGGAAGGCAGGUGUUAAUGCAGAGUUCGGCUGCAGCUGGAGGUAGUGUGAUGGAAAGAGCAGUCUGGUUUUCUGUGCAACCAGAAGGAGAUCAUUUUAUGCAAAAGUACCUAGGGUUACUGACUUUCCAAAUCUCACUUAUCAGAAGUGCAAAACUUGUUCCUCUGCACCUUAGGAUCUCUGAUAAUUUGCUGUAGUGAGAUUAUGCCACUUGACACAAACUUCAAGACGUUUGCAAGAGUGGUAAUGUUAUUUUACAUUACUUUUUUCCUUCUUUCUUUUUCCUUCAAAAACUAUGCUGUGGAGAAUCAGAUCUAAUUGUUUCAUUUGCUUCUGUGUGUUAACAAUGAAUAUAAACCACUGUCCUAGAAUGUAAUGGAUAAAACUAUAUUUAUGGUCUAUAAUUUGGGAUGUGGUUUUAAAGAGAAAGGGCAGGAUGUAAUCUGCACUACAUCAGGAAGAAAAAUUGCUGUUUCGAUGUCAGUGACACUACUUCACCCUACACUUUGAAUCAGCAGUUUUGAAAAAGUUUGGAAUUGAAGAGACUUAAGCACUGGGACUGACACAAUUACGUUAAUUAGACCUUUCGUUUUUCAGCAACAAGUCUUAUUCUGAAACUAUGUUUUGUGGGCACUUUGGAGCAGUAUACCUACCAUGUUAACAGCAACCGGCUUGGUGCAGGGCUCUGUAUCAACACCAGUGACACACUUGAAAUCUAAAGUGAAGGUAUAGCAGGGCUGUUGUAUUAAAGAGAAUUAAGAAUAUCCUCUUGCUAUCUCAAGUGAAUGUCUGAAUAUAAUCCACUCAACAGCAUAGCUUCUCAGUUAGGAAAGAAGUAAAUAGGAAGGUAAUUUGCAGCAUUUAAAACUGUGUCAGCACUUCCAUGCUUGAAGUCCCACUUCCAGGGGCUUGAAGCUGAGCAGUUAGUUCACUUGUGAAGAAUCUUGGGAAGAUAGCUUAGGCUGGUUGUUGUAUUUUCCCUUGUACCAUUUUUGAAGAAGGGACAGUCUUUUCUCCCAUUCAUAAAAGUAUAGCGGUUUCUUUAAAAACCAAGAAUCAAUAUGGAACUAACUCCCAUGUUACUCAGAAGUCACCUAAUAUUUCACCACUUCAUUAAAAAGUAGUUUCCCUGGAAAUAUUACCUCAUGACCUUUGAAUAUUUAGAAAGAAAAUGACCAAAAUUCUGCCCUUCAGACAUUUAUUUUUCCUUCCUAAUAAGGACUUUUCACAUAUUAUUUAAUGUACAUCUUCUUAUAUUUUCUGAAUAUAUGUAGUACACUUCCACAGGUUGUGCAAGACCAACUGAAAAUAUUCUUCUGGAAAAUAAUAUAUACACUAAAGAAAAGGAAAAAUAAGGCUCAGUUUAUUCAGAAUCUGGACUAACCUUGAAAAAGCUACACCAUUUAAUUUGGUGACACUUCCCACAUACAGUUUUUGAUUUAUCUUUGUCUACAUAAAAUAACAGCAUGGAAAAGGAAUAUGAGAAGAAAAACACAGAAGAAUUAAUGCUACACACCAAGAAAACUCCUGUUAAGUUAUUGAUAACCUGUUCGUAGCCUGCUUAAUGAGUAAGCAGAGCAAUUUUACCAAAAUCUUAUCAGCUAUCUUAAAAACAUAUCACUGACAGUGGAAGUAAGAUGUGUGCUUUAAUAUUGAAUUUUAUGCUUUCACCAGUAUAUGUAUACCCUUCCUCUCAUAUAUUUUAAAGCCAGUCCUCUGGAGUUAUUGUAAACAUCCUAUAUGUUUUGAUGUUGUGUAUGUUUUUAUAAGAAGAUAAAUACUUCAAAGAAAAAAUCCCCAAUCAAACCAAAAAGUCCUAUGUGGAUAUAUUUGAUGUAUGUGUUACUCUUUUGGUGGGUUAUUUUGCAUUCCUGAUGGCUAUAAUGUGUUAUUUCUUUGAAAAAAAUGACAAAAAAAAAAAAAAAAAAAAAGUCCAGUUUCAAUUACUGUGUGAAG